ACGCACACACUCAUGACAUACGCUGGGAGGGCAGGGCUAGAUCUCGCAGCACAAAGAGAGCCGAGCUCGCUGCGUCUUCAAGCGAGUUCCCGGUACUUCUUCCUCCGCGGGGACGCGCGGCGGCUUCAACGCUUCGUAAAGUUGGGAAGUUGGCGAAGUUCGGAAGUUUGCCUCUCGACGGCCUUUGUUUGGAAACAGUCCUCAGAUGAAAACAGAUAGCAGGAGGACAGCGGAGAGGGAGACAGACAGACAGUCAGAGCGACAGAGGCAGAAGGGAGGAAGUGUCCUUCCUUCUGUCCAUCAUCCAGCCCUCCGUCACCCCACCACUCCACCCCUCCACCAUCCACCAUGUUGUCAAGGCGACGGCUGUGCGUUGUAGCUGUCUCCACUGUGGUCCUCUUGAUAGCCAGUCAGAGGAUCCACAGAGCAGACCUCUUCCUGGCCACGCCCCCAAAACCAGGCUCCAGUCCAAAUACCUCCUCUAACUCAACAGCUAUCCAGCAAGCAGCUGCACUCCCUGGGCAGCCGUCUUUAGGCGAGGCCCAGGCUGAGGCUCAAGGGCCGGGCCACCCAAGGCUGGUGCAGACCCCUGCUACAGAGAGUUGUGGCUGUGACAAGGGGUGUGUCCGAGAGACGGAUUCUUCUGAUUGGUUCAGGCAGCAUUUCGACCCUCGCCAGCUUCCUGUCCUCAACUCCACUCACAUCCUGGAGCCCCAGGCUCUGAGCUGGUGGCUGGGUUUACAGAGCAACGCUGACAAACAGAAGCUGGAGGAAGUGAUGUCACAGCUCUUCCAGGUAAUCCCUCCCCCUUCCCUGGACCUCCGGCCCCUCCCUUUCCGUUGCCAUAGCUGCGCAGUUGUUGGAAACUCUGGCAACCUGCGUCACUCUGGACAUGGAAAGAUGAUCGACUCACACACAUCAGUCUUCAGGAUGAACAAGGCGGUGACCUCAGGAUUUGAGGAGGAUGUAGGAAACAGAACAACGCAUCACUUCCUGUACCCGGAGAGUGCCGUUGACAUCGUGGGCGGAGCCAGCCUGGUGCUACUGCCCUUUAAGAUCCGAGACCUGCAGUGGUUAACCAGCGCCCUGUCUACUGGCACCAUCACCAUGACCUAUAUGAGAGUGAAGGACAGAGUUAAAGCAGAUAAAGAUAAGGUGUUGGUGGUGAAUCCAGAGUUCUUUAAGUACUGUCAUGACCACUGGACGGAGCGUCACGGUCGCUACCCCUCCACCGGCCUGGUGGCCCUCAUCUUCGCCCUGCACACCUGUGACCAGGUGUCUCUGUAUGGCUACGGGGCGGACAAGGACGGGAACUGGCACCACUACUGGGAGGAGAACCGCUUCGCGGGCGCCUUCAGGAAGACCGGCGUCCACAGCGCCGAGUACGAAACCCAGAUCAUCCACCGCCUGGCCCAGGAGCACAAGAUCACCCUGCACACCUGACACCACCCAAAACAUGACCCCACCCAAAACCUGACCCCACCUCGAGCGGUCCCACAGAGGGGGGCCCUGUCUGCCCACAGGAGGACCAAAGAAUUAGAACGGCUCCUUUCAAGGAGAGCGAAACCGCGACCGUCGGGAGCUCCAACACCAGCCGGCGCCACCCAGCUUCACCUGUUGUGUCUCCAACACCAGCCGGCGCCACCCAGCUUCACCUGUUGUGUCUCCAACACCAGCCGGCGCCACCCGUUUCUCUCUUUAUUCACUAUUAUCACGAUGUGCCUUGAUAGCCUAGAGCGAUCACAACUCGUCCAAGUGAACUCAUGAUUUUAAAGUCAUCACAUUUUCGUAUCACAUGAAUAUUAAAUGAACACAUCCAAGUAACACGUGAUUAUAAAGUCAUCACAACUACGUGAAUACCUGAAUAUUGAGCCAAGUCGUCUAGGUAGCAAAUUGAUAUUCAGUUGCUAAGACCAAGAACCAAGCGUUAAUCACAAUAACAUGAUGGUUUUGGUCUGGUCUGCAUCGCCUUGCUGGCUAUCAUUUCGUCACGAAGCAGACAGAAAUGGCUAUAUGAAGAAUAUGAACAAUGGAAAACAUUGCCGAGUUGUAAGUGUUUAUGUGUGUAAAUUAUUCAGACGUUUUGAACUCUCGCUGACGUUCUCCGAGGAAGGAUGUCGUCACCCAGAGGUUCCCUCGACCGGCCGGACGGUGGAGACUGUGAGCAGAGUGUUGGUGGAGCUCGGCGGUCGGCUGGAGUUCACCAAAGAAACCCUUUGUCCCGUCACGACGUCAGGAGACGGACGCCAUGUUGAUCUAACCCCCGACACCACCCAACGCCACCGGAUACCUCAACACCACCCUCACACCGCUCCACACCUUAACACCACUGGAUACCCCAACACCACCCUCACACCGCUCCACACCUUAACACCACUGGAUACCCCAACACCACCCUAAGACCACUCUAUACCCCAACACCACCCUAAGACCACUCUAUACCCCAACACCACCCUAACACCACUCUAUACCCCAACACCACUCUAUACCCCAACACCACCCUAAGACCACUCUAUACCCCAACACCACCCUAAGACCACUCUAUACCCCAACACCACCCUAAGACCACUCUAUACCCCAACACCACCCUAACACCACUCUAUACCCCAACACCACUCUAUACCCCAACACCACCCUAACACCACUCUAUACCCCAACACCACUCUAUACCCCAACACCACCCUAACACCACUCUAUACCCCAACACCACCCUAAGACCACUCUAUACCCCAACACCACCCUAACACCACUCUAUACCCCAACACCACCCUAAGACCACUCUAUACCCCAACACCACUCUAUACCCCAACACCACUCUAUACCCCAACACCACCCUAAGACCACUCUAUACCCCAACACCACCCUAAGACCACUCUAUACCCCAACACCACUCUAUACCCUAACACCACUCUAUACCCCAACACCACUCUAUACCCCAACACCACCCCAUCGCCACUCUAUACCCCAACACCACCCUAAGACCACUCUAUACCCCAACACCACCCUAAGACCACUCUAUACCCCAACACCACCCCAUCGCCACUCUAUACCCCAACACCACUCUAUACCCCAACACCACUCUAUACCCCAACACCACCCUAAGACCACUCUAUACCCCAACACCACUCUAUACCCCAACACCACCCCAUCACCACUCUAUACCCCAACACCACCCUAAGACCACUCUAUACCCCAACACCACUCUAUACCCCAACACCACCCUAACACCACUCUAUACCCCAACACCACUCUAUACCCCAACACCACCCCAUCGCCACUCUAUACCCCAACACCACCCUAACACCACUCUAUACCCCAACACCACCCCAUCGCCACUCGCCCAAAUGUAUCCAUGUGUGUGUGUGUAUACACAUCUGUGUGCCUUCAUUUUUAUACAAGAGCAUAAUCUGAACUGUGUUUUUGUAGAAAAAAAUAAUAAAACAUCAUGAUGCAAUCAG